AUGAUGAGCAGAUCAGCCAGCACCAUUGGAAAUACGGCCAGACCUAAAGUUGUGCUUCCUACCAAGGAACCUACAGAGGCUCUGAGCAUGGGUACAGAUCUAGUCAGCCAAUCUGGGACACACUACCGAAUCGAUCGGAUCCUACAACAUAAGACUGAACCAACGCUAUCAUGCGUUUACCUGGCUACUGCUAAAGAUGGAAAGAAACAUGUUAUCAAGAAUAUCUUUCAUACCGAAUUCGAAUACCAACUGGAUCUACAGGCUCCUCUUGCAGGUUGUCCCAAUCUACGAGUUGUGAUAGACACCAUCCCGGAACACCUCCUAUUUGUCUAUGACUACUCCACCGAAGACCUUCUUGACUUAGUUGUGAAAAAGGAACUUCCCCACCUAGCGAGGAAGAUGAUUCUGCGAGAUACGUUGGCGGGACUUGCGGCUAUGCAUAAACACGGCAUCACACGGUGGGUCAAGAGAACCCAAAUCGGCGACCUUGAAAUGGGCUCGAUGAUUCCACCAGGUCUAAAUGUUCGUGGUGCCCUACUGGGAAAUCCAAUGUGGCGUAGUCCAGAGUCCCAUGCUGCAGCCCGAAUUAACAUCCCCUCUGACGUUUUCUCGUUUGGCCUUGUUUGCAUUUUUACCAUGCUUCGAAAGAUCAUCUUUCGUAUCGACGAGGGAAGUCUAAGUAGAGCAGAGAAAGAACGGAUUAUUGUAAAGCGACUUCUCUCUCACUUUGGAGACGGCCCAGGACUGGUUGGCUUCUUACAUCACCUGGAAGAUAAUUCUGCUAAAUGGCGCGACCUUGUCGUGACCAUCGCCGACGAGUUUACGCCUGCUGAUCCGAGAUACCCCUUUUCUAUUUGGGAAGACGUUGACGAGUCCUUUCGGGACAUCAUUGUCAAAAUGACGAGUCUCGAUCCUGCAAGGAGGAUAACGGCCAAAGAUGCGCUUGAGCACCCUUGGUUCAAGGAUAUACAUGAAUGA